CUGGCCGGGAGCGGAAGGGGAUGGCGUCGGGCCUGGGCUCUCCGUCCCCCUGCUCGGCGGGCAGCGAAGAGGAGGAUAUGGAUGCACUUUUGAACAACAGCCUGCCCCCACCCCACCCAGAAAACGAAGAGGACCCAGAAGAGGAUUUGUCAGAAGCAGAGACUCCAAAGCUCAAGAAGAAGAAGAAACCUAAGAAACCUCGGGACCCUAAAAUCCCUAAGAGCAAGCGCCAAAAAAAGGAGCUGGGGGACAGCUCUGGGGAGGGGCCAGAGUUUGUGGAGGAGGAGGAAGAGGUGGCUCUGCGCUCAGACAGUGAGGGCAGCGACUAUACCCCUGGCAAGAAGAAGAAAAAGAAGCUUGGACCCAAGAAAGAAAAAAAAAGCAAAUCCAAGCGGAAGGAGGAAGAGGAGGAGGAUGACGAUGAUGAUGAUUCAAAGGAGCCUAAAUCAUCUGCUCAGCUUCUGGAAGACUGGGGCAUGGAAGACAUUGACCAUGUGUUCUCCGAGGAGGAUUAUCGCACCCUCACCAACUAUAAGGCCUUCAGCCAGUUUGUCCGACCCCUCAUUGCUGCCAAAAACCCCAAGAUUGCUGUCUCCAAGAUGAUGAUGGUUUUGGGUGCGAAGUGGCGGGAAUUCAGCACCAACAACCCCUUCAAAGGCAGUUCUGGGGCUUCAGUGGCAGCAGCAGCAGCUGCAGCAGUGGCUGUGGUGGAGAGCAUGGUGACCGCUACUGAAGUUGUACCACCUCCUCCCCCGGUGGAGGUGCCUAUCCGCAAGGCCAAGACCAAGGAGGGCAAAGGUCCCAAUGCUCGGAGGAAGCCCAAAGGCAGUCCUCGGAUACCUGAUGCCAAGAAGCCUAAACCCAAAAAAGUGGCUCCCCUGAAAAUCAAGCUGGGAGGUUUUGGUUCUAAGCGUAAGAGAUCCUCGAGUGAGGAUGACGACUUAGAUGUAGAAUCUGACUUCGAUGAUGCCAGUAUCAACAGCUAUUCUGUUUCUGAUGGUUCCACCAGCCGUAGUAGCCGCAGCCGCAAGAAACUUCGAACUACUAAAAAGAAAAAGAAAGGCGAGGAGGAGGUGACUGCUAUGGAUGGUUAUGAGACAGACCACCAGGACUAUUGCGAGGUGUGCCAGCAAGGCGGCGAGAUCAUCCUGUGUGAUACCUGUCCCCGAGCUUACCACAUGGUGUGCCUGGAUCCGGAUAUGGAGAAGGCUCCGGAGGGCAAGUGGAGCUGCCCACACUGUGAGAAGGAAGGCAUCCAGUGGGAGGCUAAAGAGGAUAAUUCGGAGGGUGAGGAGAUCCUGGAAGAAGUUGGGGGAGACCCUGAAGAGGAGGAUGACCACCAUAUGGAAUUCUGCCGGGUCUGCAAGGAUGGUGGGGAACUGCUCUGCUGUGACACCUGUCCUUCUUCCUACCAUAUCCAUUGCCUCAACCCCCCGCUUCCAGAGAUCCCCAAUGGCGAGUGGCUCUGUCCCCGUUGCACGUGUCCAGCUCUUAAGGGCAAAGUCCAGAAGAUCCUAAUCUGGAAGUGGGGUCAGCCACCAUCUCCCACACCAGUGCCUCGGCCUCCAGAUGCGGAUCCCAAUACUCCCUCCCCUAAGCCCUUGGAGGGGCGCCCAGAGCGACAGUUCUUUGUGAAAUGGCAAGGCAUGUCUUAUUGGCACUGCUCCUGGGUGUCUGAACUGCAGUUGGAGCUGCACUGUCAAGUGAUGUUCCGAAACUAUCAGCGGAAGAAUGAUAUGGAUGAGCCUUCUGGGGAUUUUGGUGGUGACGAAGAGAAGAGCCGAAAGCGAAAGAACAAGGACCCUAAAUUUGCAGAGAUGGAGGAACGCUUCUAUCGCUAUGGGAUAAAACCUGAGUGGAUGAUGAUCCACCGAAUUCUCAACCACAGUGUGGACAAGAAGGGCCAUGUCCACUACUUGAUCAAGUGGCGGGACUUGCCUUAUGACCAGGCAUCCUGGGAGAGUGAGGAUGUGGAGAUACAGGACUAUGACUUGUUCAAGCAGAGCUAUUGGAAUCACAGGGAGUUAAUGAGGGGCGAAGAAGGGCGGCCAGGCAAGAAGCUCAAGAAGGUGAAGCUGAGGAAGUUGGAGCGGCCGCCGGAGACUCCAACAGUCGAUCCAACAGUGAAGUAUGAGCGACAGCCAGAGUACCUGGAUGCCACAGGUGGAACCCUGCACCCGUAUCAAAUGGAGGGCUUGAAUUGGUUGCGUUUCUCCUGGGCUCAGGGCACAGAUACCAUCUUGGCUGAUGAGAUGGGCCUUGGGAAAACUGUCCAGACAGCAGUCUUCCUGUAUUCUCUCUACAAGGAGGGUCAUUCCAAAGGCCCCUUCCUAGUGAGUGCCCCUCUUUCUACCAUCAUCAACUGGGAGCGGGAGUUUGAAAUGUGGGCUCCAGAUAUGUAUGUGGUGACUUAUGUGGGCGACAAAGACAGCCGGGCCAUCAUCCGAGAAAAUGAGUUCUCUUUUGAAGACAACGCCAUUCGUGGUGGCAAGAAGGCCUCUCGCAUGAAGAAAGAGGCAUCUGUGAAGUUCCAUGUGCUGCUGACGUCCUAUGAGUUGAUCACCAUUGACAUGGCUAUCUUGGGCUCUAUUGACUGGGCCUGCCUCAUUGUGGAUGAAGCCCAUCGGCUCAAGAACAAUCAGUCUAAGUUCUUCCGGGUCUUAAAUGGUUACUCACUCCAGCAUAAGCUGCUGCUGACUGGGACUCCAUUACAAAACAAUCUGGAAGAGCUGUUUCAUCUGCUCAACUUUCUCACCCCUGAGAGGUUCCACAAUUUGGAAGGCUUCUUGGAGGAGUUUGCUGACAUUGCCAAGGAGGAUCAGAUUAAAAAACUGCAUGACAUGCUGGGGCCUCACAUGUUGCGGCGGCUCAAAGCUGAUGUGUUCAAGAAUAUGCCAUCUAAGACAGAGCUGAUUGUGCGUGUGGAACUGAGCCCUAUGCAAAAGAAAUACUACAAGUACAUCCUCACUCGAAAUUUUGAAGCACUCAAUGCUCGAGGUGGUGGCAACCAGGUCUCUCUGCUGAAUGUGGUGAUGGAUCUUAAGAAGUGCUGCAACCACCCAUAUCUCUUUCCCGUGGCUGCAAUGGAAGCCCCUAAGAUGCCUAAUGGCAUGUAUGAUGGCAGUGCCCUAAUCAGAGCAUCUGGGAAAUUAUUGCUUCUACAGAAGAUGCUCAAGAACCUUAAGGAGGGUGGGCACCGUGUACUCAUCUUCUCCCAGAUGACCAAGAUGCUGGACCUGCUAGAGGAUUUUUUGGAACAUGAAGGUUAUAAAUAUGAACGUAUUGAUGGUGGAAUCACUGGGAACAUGCGUCAAGAGGCCAUUGACCGCUUCAACGCACCGGGUGCUCAACAGUUCUGCUUCUUGCUUUCCACUCGAGCUGGGGGCCUUGGAAUAAAUUUGGCCACUGCUGACACAGUCAUUAUCUAUGACUCUGACUGGAACCCUCAUAAUGACAUUCAGGCCUUUAGCAGAGCUCACCGUAUUGGGCAAAAUAAGAAGGUGAUGAUCUAUCGGUUUGUGACCCGUGCGUCAGUGGAGGAGCGUAUCACGCAGGUGGCUAAAAAGAAGAUGAUGCUGACGCAUCUAGUGGUUCGGCCUGGGCUGGGCUCCAAGACUGGAUCCAUGUCCAAACAGGAGCUUGAUGACAUCCUCAAGUUUGGCACUGAGGAAUUAUUCAAGGAUGAAGCCACAGAUGGAGGAGGAGACAACAAAGAGGGAGAGGAUAGCAGUGUUAUCCACUAUGAUGAUAAGGCCAUUGAACGACUGCUGGACCGUAACCAGGAUGAGACUGAAGACACAGAAUUGCAGGGCAUGAAUGAAUAUUUGAGCUCAUUCAAAGUGGCCCAGUAUGUAGUGCGGGAAGAAGAAAUGGGGGAGGAAGAGGAGGUAGAACGGGAAAUCAUAAAACAGGAAGAAAGUGUGGAUCCUGACUACUGGGAAAAAUUGCUGCGGCACCAUUAUGAGCAGCAGCAAGAAGAUUUGGCCCGAAAUCUGGGCAAAGGAAAAAGAAUCCGUAAACAGGUCAACUACAAUGAUGGCUCGCAGGAGGACCGAGAUUGGCAGGACGACCAGUCCGACAACCAGUCCGAUUAUUCAGUGGCCUCAGAGGAAGGUGAUGAAGACUUUGAUGAACGUUCAGAAGCUCCCCGCAGGCCCAGUCGCAAGGGCCUGCGGAAUGAUAAAGAUAAGCCAUUGCCUCCUCUGUUGGCCCGUGUGGGUGGGAAUAUUGAAGUACUUGGUUUUAAUGCUCGGCAGCGAAAAGCCUUUCUUAAUGCAAUUAUGCGAUAUGGGAUGCCACCUCAGGAUGCUUUUACCACUCAGUGGCUUGUGAGAGAUCUGCGAGGCAAAUCGGAGAAAGAGUUCAAGGCUUACGUCUCUCUUUUUAUGCGGCAUUUAUGUGAGCCAGGAGCAGAUGGGGCUGAGACCUUUGCUGAUGGUGUCCCCCGAGAAGGCCUGUCUCGCCAGCAUGUUCUUACUAGGAUUGGUGUCAUGUCCUUGAUUCGCAAGAAGGUUCAGGAGUUUGAGCAUGUUAAUGGGCGCUGGAGUAUGCCUGAACUCGCUGAAGUAGAGGAAAACAAGAAAAUGUCCCAGCCAGGGUCACCUUCCCCAAAGACACCUACACCCUCUACUCCAGGGGACACACAACCCAAUACUCCUGCACCUGCCCCACCGGCUGAGGAUGGGGUAAAAAUAGAGGAAAACAGCCUCAAAGAAGAAGAGAGUACAGAAGGAGAAAAGGAGGUUAAAUCUGCAGCACCCGAGGCCGCUGUUGAGUGUCCACAGCCCCCUGCCCCUGCCUUGGAGGAUGAAAAGGUCCUUGUUGAACCUCCUGAGGGAGAGGAGAAAGUAGAAAAGGCAGAGGUGAAGGAGAGGACAGAGGAACCCAUGGAGACAGAAUCCAAAGGUGUUGCUGAUGUGGAGAAAGUGGAGGAGAAGUCAGCAAUAGAUCUGACUCCCAUUGUGGUGGAGGACAAAGAAGAGAAGAAAGAAGAAGAAGAGAAAAAAGAGGUGAUGCUUCAGAAUGGAGAGACUCCCAAGGACCUGACUGAUGAGAAGCAAAAAAAAAACAUUAAACAGCGAUUCAUGUUCAACAUUGCAGAUGGUGGUUUUACUGAGUUGCACUCCCUUUGGCAGAAUGAAGAGCGUGCAGCCACAGUCACCAAGAAGACUUACGAGAUCUGGCAUCGACGGCAUGACUACUGGUUGCUGGCUGGCAUCAUAAAUCAUGGCUAUGCCCGGUGGCAGGACAUCCAGAAUGACCCACGUUAUGCCAUCCUCAAUGAGCCUUUCAAGGGUGAAAUGAACCGUGGCAAUUUCUUAGAGAUCAAGAAUAAAUUUCUAGCACGAAGGUUUAAGCUUCUAGAACAAGCCCUGGUCAUUGAGGAACAGCUUCGGCGGGCAGCUUACCUGAACAUGUCAGAGGACCCUUCUCACCCUUCCAUGGCCCUAAAUACCCGCUUUGCUGAGGUGGAGUGUUUGGCAGAGAGUCAUCAACACUUGUCCAAGGAGUCAAUGGCAGGAAACAAGCCUGCCAAUGCGGUCCUGCACAAAGUUCUGAAACAGCUAGAAGAACUGCUGAGUGACAUGAAAGCUGAUGUGACUCGACUCCCAGCUACUAUUGCCCGGAUUCCCCCAGUUGCGGUGAGGCUACAGAUGUCAGAGCGUAACAUUCUCAGCCGCCUGGCAAACCGAGCACCUGAACCUACUCCACAGCAGGUUGCCCAGCAGCAGUGAAGAUCCAGACUGACGAUAACCACCUUCACCGCUGAGCAAUGACCUUCCUCACUUUCCCUUGCCCAGCUUCUUCCUUGGGGGCCUGAGAGACCCUCUCCUUCCUUCUGCCCAUCUUCCAUGUUGUAAAGGAACAGCCCCCAGUCCACUGGGGGAGGGGAGGGAGUGAGGGCAGUGGUGCCCUUCCUGCUGGAGAGGAUGCAGCAGUAGCGCCGGCGCCAUCUGCAGGGAGCUGGCGGGCUGGCUGGCCUUCUUCUGGGCCCUGGCUUUCCCCACUGUAACGUCUGUUACACACAAACUGUUGUGGGUUCCUGCCAGGCUUGAAGAAAACGAUCUGAAUUUCUUUGUUCUUUUGGUUUUAUUUUGUUGAUUUAUUUUGUGUUUUCUUUUCUCCUUUUUUGGGGUAUUUGGAAUGGGCUGGGCCCCUGGGUGAGACACAGCUACCUCUGUUGGCAUCUUUUUAAUACCAGGAACCCAGCGGCUCCAGCCACGGCUAGAAUGAAAUAAAGUUUGGAAAAAAAAAAAAAAAAGGAAAAGAACCAAAAGCAUAAAAACCACAGCAAAAUUUCUUGAUGAAAAUUGAAAAUAAAAGUUUCCUUGUAUUUUA